GUUGUCGUUUGCUCUGAAGCCGAAACUUUCGCUGAUCAGGACCAAAUUUCUGAACGAACGAUACAGUUUCAGAUCUGUCUUAGAAGUAAUUUAGAGUGAAAGCCUUGGGGGGGAUCACGGGAGUUUGGAAGAGGUAUCCCUGAUCCGAAUUGGCGUACGAAAAACCCAAGAUUGAUCUGCAGGUUGAAACUUUUGCUCUUUGGAUCUAGAAGAUAUCAUCAUGGAAGUGGAUAGUAACGGGCAUGGCCACACCGGUGGGGAUUGGCCGAAUCGUUGGUCCCACUUGUCCCAGGUCCUGACGCGGAAGGGCCCCUUUUCACAUCCCAAUUUUCAGGCUGGUCCGGAGACUCUGUCCUUGGUCCGUGAUAUGGUUCGCUUGUGCAUCAUUGGGGCUGGAGGUUUAGGGUGUGAGUUACUUAAGAAUUUGGCUUAUAUGGGAUUCCGGAACAUGCAUGUCAUUGACAUGGAUACGAUUGAUGUGUCGAACUUGAACCGGCAAUUUUUAUUCCGUCCCAAUGAUGUGGGCAAGUUCAAGGCUGAGGUGGCGGCCGACUUCAUCAAUCGAAGAAUCCCUGGGGCCAAUGUAAAGGCUCACAAUGGCAUGAUCCAGGAUUUUGAUGAGGAUUUCUACCGGCAAUUUCACGUGAUCAUUUGUGGAUUGGACUCAAUCGUGGCCCGUCGGUGGAUCAAUGGCAUGGUUUUGUCGUUGGUGACCCCGGGGGAAGAUGGGCAACCACCCACUGGCGUGAUUCCCAUCAUUGACGGCGGGACCGAAGGCUUCAAGGGUCAUGCUAGAGUCAUUUUACCCGGAAUGACGGCUUGCAUUGAGUGCACGCUAGACUUGUACCCUCCCCAGGUUAACUUCCCCUUAUGCACCAUCGCUCAUACACCUCGACUUCCCGAACAUUGCAUUGAAUAUGCCAGGAUCUUACUUUGGCCCAAGGAAAAUCCCUUUGGAGGAGAAGAAACUUCCAUUGAUGGUGACGACCCGAACCACAUAUCUUGGAUCUACGAGAAAGCUCUUGAGAGAGCCAACCAUUAUCACAUUACCGGCGUGACCCACCGAUUGACUCAGGGGGUGGUGAAGCGAAUCAUUCCGGCCGUAGCCUCCACGAAUGCCGUCAUUGCAGCCGUUUGCGCCAUGGAGACCUUCAAACUGACCACGUCGUGUGCCGAUCCCCUGAACAAUUACAUGAUGUUCAACGACUCCGAAGGAAUCUAUUCGUAUGCCUAUGAGGCCGAGAAAAACGAGAAAUGCCUGGCGUGCAGUCGCCGCACUCAAACGUUGAAUUUUGGUAAGACAAAGAAGCUCCAGGAUCUUAUCGAGUAUCUGGUCAACCAAGCCUCGUUCCAAAUGAAGAACCCCGGUCUCACCACCAACAUCGAGGGCAAGAACAAGACCCUUUACAUGCCCAAUGUGGCCAGCAUUGAGGCAGCCACACGACACAAUCUGAAGAAGACUUUGGACGAACUGGGCUUGACCUCGGGCAGCGAAUUGGUGGUGGCGGACUCAACCUCCCCGAGGCCUUUGAUUGUCAAACUUAAUUUGGAAGAUUAGGAUCGCGAUCCCUCGAUGGGAAUGAUCCUUAUGUCAAUUUUCCAAUGCUUCCCUGUGACUUUGUAUGUACUAAGCACUUUAUUGCUGAUUCAAAAGAAGCAAACUACUGCAUUCAAUAAAAACGGAUCAUUUGAAA